AUGUUGGCUUCUGCUUAUAGCGUUCAUUCUGGCAUGGAGCCUUCGACGCGAACGCUUUCUCCUUCUGUUACCGGAGGAUCGAUACUUGGAAUCAUGUUUGAUGGUGGCGUUCUUCUAGCUGGCGACAGACUCGGCGCCUACGGCGGCCUCCACCGCUUCCGAGACAUCGACAGGAUCUUGAAAGUCAACGAAAACGUUCUCAUCACCUACACUGGCGACGUCGCCGACUUCCAGUACAUCGAAGAAAUUCUGGAAGACGAGCAGCGAGAAAACGACAUGAGAAACGACGGCUAUGAAUUGGGACCCUCUGAAUAUUUCAAUCUCAUGGGUCGAAUCAUGUACAAUCGACGAUCGAAGGGCAACCCGCUCUGGAACCGAAUCGUCGUUGCAGGAUACGACAAGGCAACAGACAAGCCAUUCAUGGGCCAAAUCGACUCAAAGGGAACUGUUUUCGAAAGCCACUUGAUCGGAACUGGCUUCGGCGGCUUCCUGGUGCACCCUUUGAUGGAACGAGAAUUGGAGAAGAUCGAAGGACGGCCGACUAAGCAGCAGGCGACCGAGAUCCUCGAGCGCGCGCUCAAGGUUCUUUACUACAGAGACAAGACUACUUACAACAAGUGGAGCAUUGGAACUACAGAAAAGACCGGAUCAACCAUCGAAGCUUCCCGAGAACUCGCGACAAACUGGGAAAUCGCCAAACUGAUCGUUGGCUACGAGUAA